AUGGUCAAAAGAACAAAACGCAAACAGCAUAGUUUACCAAAUACAUCAGCAGAGGGUCCCUCACGACUCCAAAUUCUCCUUCGCUCUUCUGCUUUUGUUCUGUAUGCUCUUGUCUCAAUUGCUGCGUUGGGUGCGGCCGUUUGGUCGCAGUACUAUCUCAGGACCACUUCAUCAUCACAAAAUAUCUCAACUAGUCCCCUCUGGGAGAUCGUAGACAUACCAGGCAAAGGGAAGGGAAUGGUCGCGCGCAGGAAUAUCACACAAGGAACACUUCUCCUACGCGAAACUCCUUUAUUUCUGGUCCCACCAACCGUCCGUCAAUCGCCAGAGCAACUCAUAAUUGCACUGGUCUCCCAACUUCCCCUGGAAAAGCAACAGGUUUUUGACGCAUUAUCGCAUCAUGCGAGACCAGAUGCCGUUGGAGACGCCCUGCCUUUGGCCAAGUUUGAAACCAACUCGAUGAACGCUGGGGAGAGUGUUGGAAUCUUCCCGACCAUCGCCAGGAUUAAUCAUGGCUGUUCAUCUGCGUUCAACGCUGCUUAUUCAUGGAGAGAAGACACGAAAGAGACGGUUGUAUACGCUUUCAAGCCUAUAUUCCAAGGAGAAGAAAUCCUCAUCUCGUAUACGGACACCAAGAAAUCGCGUGACAACAGACGAGCGUACCUCAAACAAUCUUAUAAUUUCGACUGUACAUGCUCAGUCUGCUCACUAUCACCAGAGCUCUCCAAGGCGUCGGACGCUCGACUUGAGAGAAUGGCCGCAUUACGCGAGAAACUUGCAACAUGGGCAAACAAAUCCAUUGGAGGGCAAGAGGCGACAAGUGUCAUCAAUGAAAUCUGGCGACUGGGAGAUGAGGAACAAUAUCUAAGCGAACGCGGUGCGUUGGCAUAUGAUGCUGCCCAAGUGGCUGCUGCACACUGGGAUCGAGUUGCAGCUCAGGCUUGGGCCGAACUGGCCCACAAGUGGUUUGCAAUCGAACUGGGUGUCAACAGUGUACAAGCAAAAGCGGCAUUGAGAAUAGCGCAGAAUCCACGAUCCCAUCGGGAUUGGGGAUCCCGAUACAAAAUGGAGGUCGAACGACCCAUAGCUGGAUUAUAA